AUGCCCGAGGAGAGGAGGUUGCUCUCGCUGCGCAGCGGCGGCAAGCGGCGCGACCGGCCAAAGAUCAGCGCACCACAGCAGAUCUCAGCUCCCAUCCCUCAAAAUGGCAGUGACGUCCCGAUCCCCCCGAGCGUAGGCGGAAGGACAGGUGGUCCUGUGGUCCCCGGUUCCAACUCGCUUCCCACGCGGCCACGGCCGCCGCCUACCAGCAACAGCCGAACUGGGGACCUUGUCAAGCGCCGCUAUUCGACACGAUUCAACAAUCUCCCAGAGAACUACGAUGCGACCGCGCCGCCUCCUAUGCCCACGUUUGACAUCUCAAAAUAUGAACAGCCCCAGCCAGUAUCCCGUCCUCCGCCUUCGAGGGGAAGAGGUGCAGAAGGGAGUGUCGUACCCGUAGUCGACAAGGUCGCCCUCGGAGAUCCCCGGCUUGCGGUCGAGCAAUACGUUGCUGACAUUCUCAGCGAAGCCGAUGAAGAUGCUAUUCGCGCUUUCGAGGCGGAGCUGCAGAAGACAAAGGCGAAAGCUUCAUCCGACCUGCAGCAGAAUGUGUAUCAGAAUCGUACCCAGUUCAUCAAGGUCAGCAAGGAGGCGGAAAAACUCCGGGCUGAGAUGCGAUCCCUGAAGAAUGUGUUCGAGGAACUCAAAUCGAACACCGCAGCUUUGAUGGCAGCCUCGGGCAAUUCGAAUGACUCGUCAAACGGCGACUUCCCGUCUGGGCUAAGCAAGAGGGACAAGCGCAGCUCAGUCGCGGACCGGACUGCUCUGUGGAAUUCGCAAAUGCAAGCACUUUACAAAAAGGUGGAAGGGUCGCAAAAGUUCCUCCCCAACACCAUGGGCAGGCAUGUUGUCCAGGACGCAGGUGCAUGGAUCGAGCUUGACAACGCCACCUACAAGUCGCGACGCUCAAUGCAGCUGGUACUUCUCAACGACCACCUGCUCGUGGCAUCCCGGAAAAAGCGCAAGGUCGAUGCCCCCAAUGAUGGCAGGGGCCCGAUGAUGAAGCUCGUUGCCGACCGGUGCUGGCCGCUCCUCGACAUUGAGAUCGUCGACAUGGCAGGCGCGAACGAAAGCUAUAGCGGGAGGAACAAGCUGGCCGAUGCAAUCAUGGUUCGCGGUGUAGGCCAGGAGUCCUUCAUCUACCGGACCGAGAAGCCUGAAGACCCUGAGAAGGGCAAGCUUAUGCUCAACAUACGCAAGGCAGUCGAGGAGCUGCGAAAAGGGCUGCAGUCUGAAAUGGAAGCCAACAACAAGGCAAAGGAGACCAUCAACUACUUCGCAUCGAGGGACCCUGGGCUGUUGCAGAAAACAGAACUGCUGGAGACACUCUCGGACAUCAAGGACAUGCUCAUCGAGGUUGACGGCAAACAGCAAAAUCUGCGAUGGGUUGAAGGCGAAAUGGACGAGUUAGACAUCGACAUUGCUCUACAACGAUUUGACCUGGCGGUGGACCGUGUUGACAAGCUCAAGUCUCUGGCGAGGGGCUUGAAAAAUAACGUCAUUGCGCAAGACUUUAUCAAUUUCAAGGUGCAGGAGCGAUGCUCGAAACUGGGAGGACUCAUCAUUCGCGAAUUGGUCGAGACGCAUGGCGAACGCAGCAAGACGAAGCGCAAUGUGGACUGGCUCAGCAGGCUAGGCUUUGAGGACCGUGCGAGAGAGUCAUACUUGGAGGCCAGGACUGCCCUUAUACAGAAACGUUCAAGACAAUGUAUCUUCCAGGGCGAUCUACACGUCUACAUAUGGCAACUGUCGUUUGCAUACUUCAGCAUCAUUCGCAAUACGGUUGCGUCUUUCCAGUCAUGCUUCCCGCAGGCCAUGAUGAGCGCGUGCGUCAAGUGGGCAAAAGAGGAAGUGGACGCUUUCAAUGUGAUCCUGAGCCGACAGCUGAGCAGCACGGACCGCGACGGUGCGGUCUGGGAACAGUGCAUGUCGCGGGCAAAGACGCAUGCGAAAAUGCUCGAGGACGUGCACCUGGAUUUCACUGGCUUGGUGGGCAAGGACAUUGAUCCCAUCAAGAGAACGAAGCACGCUGCACGUGUUGCCCGAGCAAUCAUGGACACAAACAUGGAAGACGUCGGGCGAGUCCCUACCGACCUUGCGCCAGCUCCUGCGUCCGAGCCCGCCACUGUCGGAACCCUUGACGGCUGGAUUGAGAGCCUCAUGAACUGCAAGCAGCUCAGCGAAGCUGACGUACAAAGACUCUGCGAAAAGGCACGAGAAGUCCUUCAAGAGGAGUCCAACGUACAGCCAGUGAAAUGCCCCGUGACUGUUUGCGGCGAUAUCCACGGACAGUUCCACGACCUCAUGGAGCUUUUCAAGAUUGGUGGACCUAACCCGGACACAAACUAUCUCUUCAUGGGUGACUAUGUUGAUCGUGGCUACUACUCAGUCGAGACUGUCACACUCCUGGUCGCUCUCAAGAUCCGAUACCCUCAGCGCAUCACAAUCCUUCGCGGCAACCACGAGUCGCGUCAGAUCACACAGGUGUACGGUUUCUAUGACGAAUGCCUGCGCAAGUAUGGCAAUGCCAACGUGUGGAAAUACUUCACCGACCUCUUCGACUACCUGCCGUUGACUGCUCUGAUCGACAACCAGAUCUUCUGUCUCCACGGAGGUCUGUCUCCUAGCAUCGACACUCUCGACAACAUCAGAGCUCUUGACCGGAUUCAAGAGGUACCCCAUGAGGGCCCCAUGUGUGACCUGUUGUGGUCUGACCCUGAUGACCGCUGCGGAUGGGGAAUCUCGCCCCGUGGUGCGGGUUACACGUUCGGCCAGGACAUCAGCGAGGCUUUCAACCACAACAAUGGCCUGACGCUGAUUGCCAGAGCUCAUCAGUUGGUGAUGGAGGGUUACAACUGGUCUCAAGAUAGGAAUGUCGUGACCAUCUUCUCAGCUCCCAACUACUGCUACCGAUGCGGCAACCAGGCUGCCAUCAUGGAGAUUGAUGAGCACCUGAAGUACACAUUCUUACAAUUUGACCCAUGCCCGCGGGCGGGUGAGCCGAUGGUCUCGAGACGCACACCGGACUAUUUCCUGUAA